UCAGAAGACAGUCGGAAGAAUAAGAUUUCCGUGUAGUAGACUGACGACGGACAGACGAAGUCGCACCCAGAAAUCCAACAGCAUCGUCAUCCACUUUUUUGCUGCCUUCGCAUAAAGACUCCACCAUGAUGAUCGGCCGUUCCGCUGUUCUCCGAACAACCAAGCAGGUUGCUGCUCGCCGCCUCCAGAGCACGGCUGGUACCCCCAAGAUGCACAAGGCCAAGGACUGCUGGCAAGAGUUGGAAAAGACCCGAGCACCCAAGGAUCACGAUGAUCUCCAUUUGGUCUUUCAUCCUCCUUACAACUUUGCCGUCACCACUUCCUUUGUCAUUGGAAUCGCUGCCGCUGGCUGGGGGCUGAUGGCUUUUGGCUCUGCCCACCAGCAAUACAAGCAAGGUUACUGGAAAUAAAUGUGCUGCUGUUAGUUAUUAGAACCAAGAGCGCCAAGGUUUGGUGGUUGGCAAUGAUGGUGGUUUUCUUUGGUUCAGGUUGGAGUGUGGACAAGAAAAACAGAGGAGAGUGGGGAUUAAUUUUUAUGAUCCACUUUUUCCUUUCAUCCGUCUUUCCAACUUCUCAAAUUCGAGGUUCUAAUCUAGGUAGUUUCAUUGUUCGUUUAGACGUUUCCUGAUUCGUCCAGGGUUCUCUCCAAGAUAGUUUCUCGGCGUGCUGCAUGGGAGCAUUGAUUACUGUUUAUAAUAAAUAUAGAGACACUGUUACGUUUCUUCGUUGUUCAACUGGUAAUGCUCUACAGGUACUAGCUACGGUAGAGAACCUCGAGAUCCAGAUUUGUGCUGUACUGGUACGGUACCGUAGAGCUCAUGCAUCAUCCCUCCAUUAGAAGCAAGCGCACAAUUUGUAUUCAUGGUUUGUCUCCAUCUCCCCACCAUAAUAUGGGACACUGGCCGUAUCAUUCUGCGCUCUCUCGAUACCCUUCUUCGGAAUGGAGCUCGCGAGGUAAUGCAAACACUUCAGGGAAUGAAAAAGCAGUGCGGCUAAUGUUUCCAUCUCCCGGAGCCAAACACUUUUUUACCAUCAAUGAGCCAUCAUAAAGAACGGGAACGGUACGACUGUAUAGCACCCAAACUAUCUAUCUGAGCCGACAAAGGUGAUUUCACAAAUAACGUUUCUUUAAAGCAAUAAGCAAUGAAUACUGUAAU